AUGACCGGAACCCUGAGUGGUUCAUCCUUGCCAGGACAAUCCAACUCCUCCACGAGAGGGCUCUUUCCUCAAGCCCCAAGUUUUACCCUCGAUACCUUUUCCGAUCGAGACUUCGUUGUUAAAGACUUCGUUGAAGCACUCUCCGAAGGUGCUGUCCCUGGCCGGAAAUCUGGCCCGUCUACCCAAAAUGCCUUCGACCCCAAACCUUUGAUUCGGUCAUUUGAGCAGGCCUUGAGUCGCAUGUCAGACCUAUCGGGAGACCUCGAAUUACGUGAGAAUGAGCUCUCAGCUGCAGUCAGGCGCGCUGAGGCUCAGUACAAGAACAAUAUUCAAAAUAUAAGUAAGAAGCUUGACCAGACCGUAGACUCUUUCAACCGCCUGGACAGCUCGCUCAAUGGGGAGGGACACGAUACUGGAGGUAACCAAGUUGUGAAAAUUGGCGACAGGCUAGAAGAGCUGGAUAGGCAAAUCAUGAAAGCAGAUGAUACCAAAUUCCUGGUCAAUUGCUGGAUAGAAGUGCAAGAGCGAGGCGAUCUCUACUUUCUGGAGGAUCUGCGGAGGGCAGGGAAGGGUGAAGGCAAGGUUCGAUGCGCUCGUAUAGCACGCCAAUUGCUCAAAAUCAGUCAGAGACUCGACCCUGAAAGUUGGGGCAAACUGAAUGGGAAUGGGGCACAUGUGAAUGGUGUCAAUGGUGGCCAUAAAGGGGAACACAAGAAGAAGAAGAAUAGGCACAACACAAGGGAGCUCAUUGAGAAAUUUCUCGAGAAUUUGGAAAAAGAUUUGCUCAAAUCGUUCGACGAGUGCUACAGGAGACAGAAUUGGGAUGGCAUGAAGGAUUGUGCAAAUGCACUCCACGAUUUCAAUGACGGUGCGAGCGUCAUAGGAGCGUUCGUUAAUCAGCACACAUUUUUCAUCGAUCGAAGACAGCUCAUCACAGAGGAAGUGGGUGGUGAUAUUGAAACGUGGGAAAAGCUCGCAGACCCUGAUGCAGACCCACCUGGUGUUGAGCCUUCAUUACAGGCUCUUGUUGAUGAAGUGAGAAUCGUGGUUCAGGAAGAGUCGCAAAUCAUACGUCAAGCCUUCCCAUAUGCAGAGCAGGUUCUUGGUAAAUUUAUUCAACGAGUAUUUCAGCAGUCCGUCCAGCAACGACUGGAGAUGGUCCUUGAGAAAGCCGGUUCGGUAUCCGCUCUCGCUUUCCUCAGAUCGCUGCAGGCAGCGAGAAGCUGUAUCAGCAGCCUUGUCGAUGAUCUCAAAGCCCAUGGUCUCACAGAGUACCCCGAGUCCAUCUCUCCUCAGAAUUCCAUAGUACUUGACCAGCAGUUUGAUGAUCUCUUUGUACCAUAUUUCGUGGGUUCCUCUUAUAUUGAGCGGGAAAAGCGUAGUCUAGAAGAGUUAUACUCAUCAUUAUUGUUCAAAUUUAAUAUAUAUCAUACACGACGAAGAAAGACACCUACAACGUUCAUGAAAUCCCUAGCUAAAUCAGGCAGCGAGCUGCUCUCCUCAGCGCGAGACGCCUACGUCGAGCGCCUCGACUCCUCAGACCUAGCUCCCGCUCAAAAACGCAUGCUCCUCCGCGUCGCCGGCCUCAAAGACUCUGACAGCGCCAAAAGCGGCGCCGACAUCGAAGUCUCUGACCAAGACGGCAUACUCCGCGUGGAAAACGCAAAACGCAUGCUCAAAUGGCUCGCAGAAGCCGUAGGUCGCAGCCUCGAACUUUCCAGUGGCAACGAGACCGCCAAAGACGUCUACGCCCUUCUACAACUCCUCCUCACAAACAUGGGGGAGAUCUACAUCGAAACCGCCCUCGACUCCGCCAACGACCUCGCCUCCACGCAAGAAACCGCAAAGACCGAGCCUGACCUCUCUUACCUGAUCCCUCUACGUUCUGCCAUUAGCAUCCUCACCCUUCUCGCUACAUCUACUCGCACCGUCCUGAUCCCGUUGGCAGCAGCCAACGUCACCGUCCGCCGCGACAUGGAAAAGACCGCCAACAGCGCCACCGACCGGCUCGAAGAGAAAGUUAAUUCCAUCAUGCAGCGCACCAUCGACGUCGUCACAACAUGGGUAUCCAAACUGCUCGCCCAGCAGAAGAAAACGGAUUACCGCCCCCGCGACGACGCACUAGGUGGGGGCUCCGCCUGGCUCGAACAACUCCAAACGCCCACGUGCCAAUCCAUCUUUGCCUUCCUCACCAAAUUCCACAAUCUCGCACUGACCGCCCUUUCGCCCUCGCCUAAUUUGAAAGCACUGAUGACGGAGACGGCGGUGGCGCUGCGGAGUCAAUUGCUCGAGCAUUUCAAGAAGUUUCAGGUUAAUGCUGCCGGGGGUAUUAUGGUCACGAAGGAUAUCAGUAAGUAUACGGAGUUGUUGCGCAGUUGGGAGUUGGAAGGCAGCUUUGAGCCGAGCUUUGAGGUCCUCACGGAGAUUGGGAAUCUUUUUGUUAUUGGGCCUGAGGCGUUGAGGGAGCGGUUGAGGAGUAAGAAGAAGACGCCAGUGGGAGGGGGUGGAGGCAGUGGUGUUGGUGUUGAAGGGGGCACGGCGGCUUGGGAUGUUAGUGAUUUGAGACCGUAUGUGCUUAGGAGGGAGGAUGCGGGGAGUGUGGGUGUGCAGAGUGCGUUGAGUGCGUUGUGA